AUGCUCUUCAAAAGCUUCUUCGCAGCCGCACUCGCCUCUCAGGCAAUUGCUACCCCUAUCUUGGAAUCACGGGCGACCUCUGAUUCAUCCGCUUUUGCCGCCCUCCAACGCGCCGCUAAUCUCUCAUCCGCUGCCUAUACAGGAUGUUCUGGCUCUGCAUUCGAUAUCACAAUUACCAAGCAGAUUAAUGAUAACGCGUCUGAUACUCAGGGCUAUAUUGGAUACUCUAAAUCAGAGAAGAAGAUCUCGGUCGUGAUGCGAGGCUCCACAACCCUAAUUGAUAUUGAAAACGAUAUCGACCUUGUAAUGGUCACUCCAACCCUUUCAGGAGUCUCUUUCCCCACUGGGGUAAAGAUCAUGCACGGCAUUUAUAGCCCCUGGUCCGCCGUGCAUCAAACUGUGAUUUCGGAGGUCAAGUCUUUGAUCGAGAAGUACCCCAGCUACUCUUUGGAGUCAACUGGUCACUCGCUUGGUGGAUCCCUCACAUAUAUCUCCUAUAUCGCUCUGGUACAGAACUUCCCUAGUAAGAAUGUUACUAGCAAUGCAAUGGCUGCUUUCCCCAUUGGCAACUCGGUCUUUGCCAAGUGGGCUGGCUCGCUCAACGGAACUCUGAACCGUGGUAACAACGCUGAUGACGGUGUUCCUAACCUAUGGACCAGUGCUCCAUUCUCCCUCGUUCACUAUGGAACUGAGUAUUAUAGCUCAGGUACUGCUGCUAGCACUAUUAAGUGCUCUGGUGAACGUGACUCGCAAUGCUCUGCUGGUAAUGGUCUUCUUAGUGUGAGUGCUGGCCAUUUCUACAGCUUUGGAGUCGAGUUGGGCUUUGUUGGAUGCAAAUAA